CUCAAAUAACAGCCUACCGCUUUAAGACGAUUUGCGACCGUAAGACCGGUAUCUCCCUGUGAAGGAUUCAAAGAACUUUCAUCUUACUCUGGUAGAUUUUAAAAUGGAUUGUAAUGAGAGUGUGGCUGUUCUAUUUGGGGAGGUGGCUAGGAUAAAAAAGGAUUUGGACAAAGGAAUUGCUGAAGUUAGGCAAGUGAAAGCUAACUUGAAAUCUACGGCCUCAGAUUUGAAAUCCCAGAUUCGUGACAGUGUCAGUCGCCAUAUAGAGGCAUUGAGAAAUAGAGAAACAUGGCUACUUCAACAGGUUGAGGUUGUACAGUGCAUAAAAGAUGGUGUUCUGCAAGAGCAGAUUGCUGCAUUUAACAAAGCUCUUGGAAGGAUCCAGUCAGUUUAUGCUUUGUUAGAACAGAACAGUGAGCUCCUUGAUGCUGAAACCUUGGAAGAUCUUGUGAAGGAAACUUUGCAAGAUGUUAGUUGCCUGAACUUAAGUCCUGAGGAAACCAAUAUAAUGAGCUUUGUUGCUCAUAAUUUUGAGCUUCAAGAUGUCAUACACAAAUUUGGAGCACUGCUUUCUGAUAGUCGUCUGGUGGAGGAGCAGAUAACAUUUAAAGAGUGGAUCAGAGAGAAUAAUGGUAAAAGUUCCCAGCAAGAUAUCCUGAGAGCCCCGUCUUCAGAAUUGAACAUCCAUGACUGGCUCAAUCAGAAUGCAGUGCUGACCAGGAAAGCUCCAGAAAGUUCACUUUCUUUACCUCAGUAUCCCUUGGAGUACUGGCUAAGCAAAGCACAACCACAAGGCAAGCAAACAGAAAAUGGGAGUAGUUUGCCAAGUGAAGACAAGGAAGAUGUGGCUGUGGUAAAUAUUGAAGCAACAGAGACACAAAGGUGGCAUAAAGAUUCAUUGAUGACAACUACACUCCCUGAAAUGUCUUCAGGUUACUUCAAAAUUGUAAGAAUGUCUGAGUCAAGUCAGUGGCUCAGGAAUUCUGAAGGAACAGGAGAACCUUCUUCCUGUGCCACUCGGGAAACAUGUGUGAAAACUGAUUCUGUGCUGGAUCCUGGAGAAUGGUUGAUGGAUGCAUCUGCCACAGAGUCUUGUAAAGAUCAUGAAAGUCAUACCAUGACUUCAGUCUUCACUGGUAUUGAGAAUUUGAAAGCACAUUUGGCUUCUCAGGCCAACCAACAAUGGCUGCUUCCUGGUAGGGAGAGCAUUUCUGAAGAAACAGGAGCAGAAGAGCUGAUAAGUAGUGGUAUGAAGUCCUACAUUGACUCCCUUCCAGUUGAGAGCAACUGCUGGCUGUUACCUUCAUCAACAAAUAAAGACAUUUGUGGCUGGCUGGCACGCACUUCCUAUGACCAAUGUAAGAAAUGCCCAGUUAUGUGUUCAAAAGGACUCUUUAAAGUCUUUGAUGAGAUUGCAAGUCCUCAGGAUGGUUGGCUUAUGUCACAAGAACUCUAUUGAGUCCUGAAAUUAAUGAAUAGUAAAUGUUCCAAGUUUGACAAUGAGAAAACAUUCUAUUCUCCAAACUUUGGCAUUGAUCUAUGAACUCCACUCCUGUGGUCACUGUGCGGUAUUUUAUUUUAUGAUGUAGUUUAUCAGGGGGUUGCUCAAGCACUGAAAAAAGCUUUUUUACAGGAUAUAGCAAAGUAAGGGGCUAAAAUUUUAACAGUUUGAAUCAGUUUUUCUCAAUUCUGAUCUAAAACCAGUAUUAUCACCAUAUUAUGAUUCUUUUACUUGCUCUACAUGUAGCAAUACUUUGUCUAUUUUGAGGUGUUAUGUUCCCCAGAGGAACAUCUCCCUUCCAUCAGGUUUACUUAACAAACAGGGAAUCCAUGUCAACACAUAAUAUUACUAUAAUGAAAUGAACAAAUUAGCUUUGCUUUCAAGACACAGGUUUCUGUUAGCCAGUUUGGCAUGGAAUUGCAUUAAGGUGGAGAUUAAAUGUU